UGUCGGAGCCUGUGCAGGGCAGAGGGGGAGUUCUGCAGGGCCACAAAAAUACACAGGAGCUGCGAACCAGAAACUCAGCAGAACCUGCGCAACUUUUCUAGCAAAGCACACUUUAUUUUUUUUUGUUUUUUUUUUGUACUACUUUUUGAAUCAACCCUGGUCGCUGCAAAGAUGACCACAGCCGUGGUGUCGCCUUUCUUCGACUUCGAAGUAAUGAACAAGAACAACAAACUGCUCGGCUACAACAACAACCUGGGCUCCCCCCAUCCCAUGUCUGGCACCAACGUGCCCAUCUCCAGCCCCACCGGAGCCCUGCUGGACAGGAAGGCGGUGGGCUCUCCCUCGGUGGGAGGCGUGUACCAGCGGCGGCACUCCGUCAGCAGCACGAAGUUCAGCCAGAACCAGUUUCUGAACAGCCUGAAGGCAGGGGACCACUCCUCAUUCAUCUCAGGGGUUGGCAAUGCCAGCAACAACAAGGAGAACCGCCUGCGAGACCGCUCCUUCUCCGAGACGGGCGAGAGGCUCAUCAACAAGUGCCUGGGCCCCGCCAGCCCCACCGGCGGCAGCCAGGUGAACUCCAGCCGCUACAAGACGGAGCUUUGCAGGCCCUUCGAGGAGAACGGCUCCUGCAAGUACGGCGACAAAUGCCAGUUUGCUCACGGCAUCCAUGAACUACGCAGCCUGAGCCGCCACCCCAAAUACAAAACCGAGCUGUGCCGCACCUUCCACACCAUCGGGUUCUGCCCGUACGGGCCUCGCUGCCAUUUCAUCCACAACGCCGAGGAGCGCCGCGGACCUCCCCAGCAGUGCUCCCCUCUUAACUCCUCCAACAAGAUGGACAGGCCUCGGCUGCAGCACAGCUACAGCUUUGCAGGCUUCUCCAGCUCAGCCGGGCUGAGAGACAGCCCCACCUCCGUCACCCCUCCACCCAUGUUCUUCCCUGACGAGGUCCCAGACUGGCCCAGCAGUAACCCCUUCACCUACUCCAGCCAGGAGCUGGCCAACCUGUUCGGGCCCAGCCUCAACGCCGGUCCUCUGGGCACAGAGCCCAACACCCCUGCACCUCCCUCUCCAACCAGCACGCCUUACUAUUUCAGACCCAUGUUGGAGUCCCCCGGAGUUCGAUACUCCAUCCAGCCCCCCGACUCUCUGUCAGACCAGGAGGGCUACCAGAGCAGCUCUGGAGGCAGCCUGAGCGGCUCAGAAUCCCCCACGCUGGAUACAACCCGCCGCCUCCCCAUCUUCAGCCGCCUCUCCAUCUCUGAUGACUAGACUGCAAACAUCCCCCCAGUGACUUUAAAGUUCGAUGACACACAGAGAACACGGCACUCCCCUCUACCUCUGCACCCUUUCCCCCCAAAGCUUCCCCCCUAAACAACACCGUGUUAGCUCCUUGUUAGCAUUGCAAGGAUGUAGUCAGUUGAGAGAACUUUCUCUCUCAACUUAUUUCACCCCUGUUAAUCUGCACAGCAAGUUUUUAAAAAGUACCCUGCCUUGUGUCAUAGUGCCAAAAAAAGGAGAGGAAAUUGAACAAUGAAAAUCAUGAGAACAAGAAUUGACUUUUUUUGCCAGGUGCCACUUGUUUUUUUUUUUUUUUUUUUUUCUUCUUUCUUCUUCAUUUAUUCUUGAAUGUGUAGCAGCACAAGUGGCCUUGGAAAGGGGAGUGCUAUGCACUAGCCCCCAACCACCCCCUCCCUCUCCUUCCUCCUCCCACCCUCCUCCCUGAUGAUACCACUUCCCCCGAGCUAGCUAGAGGGUGCUCACUAACGUAACUGUAGAUCUACCGCAGCCGUUUUUUACAGACUGAGUUAAGACAAAAAAAAGGAAAAAAUAGACCCUGAAAAGAUAUGAAUAGUUUUUUAAAAAGGAAAGAAAAGUGCCUGGGGCGGUUUCUGCAUGUGUUUAGGGUGAAUGGACUACUGUUUUUGGUUCUUUCUCAUUUACCCCCCACCCCUCCCCUCCCCUGUCACAGUUCUCCUCAAGCCCCGUCUUAUGUAAUUGUGGACUGGGUGAGUCUGCAGGAAGGACUUUGAACUGGAAGUCGGUUAUGCUCCCCCACCCCACCCUCACCUCCCUCCCUCCCUCCUGAGUUUUCUCCUCCUGUUGCUGGUCACUGGCUCUUUAUUGGGAAGGAAGUCUUGAUAUCAAACUGAUCAUUAAACCUGUAGGACUUUGUCCCGCCUCUCAACCCUGCCCCCCCGCCUUCAUCCUUGCUGUUCUGGGGGAAUUCCAGCAUUCCCAUGGUGCAGUUGUACAUCCUGCGACACAACGGGAUCGGAUUUCCAAGCUAUUUUACUUUACUUCUCCCCCACUUUAGUACCUGCUCUGAGGAGCACUCUGUACUCAUUACAUCCCUUUUUUUUUUUUUUUUUUUUUUUUUUUUUUUGCUUUUCUUUAUUUGAUAAUUAUUUUUUAUUAAUGUUAUUAUUACGGUUAUUAUUGUUUGAAAAGACUUUCCAGACAGAAGGUUUUUGCUUGUCACUGCUUAUUUAACUUAUCAGAACAUAUUUAUUGCUGAUCAUAUGCAUUUUUUUGUUAAUUUUUGUUUUGUAUUUAUCUGGAUAAUGAACAAUAGAAUAUAUUUUCUUUUAUGUUAAAUUAUGAUCUUCCAUAUUAAUCUAAAGAUUGUGAAGACGUUUUUGUCAGUUUUCCUUUUUUCACAGUUUAAUAUAUUGUACUUCAAUGACUUUUGUUCUGCAACUACACUUUGUCAAAAUGAACCUUAAUUUAAAGCAAAAAAAAAAUGCAAAAAAAGACGUUUUGCGUUUUGAUUAUUUAUUGUACUUUUUUUUUCUUACUCCCUCUUAUCGGACUGCAAUUCCAUCUAUACUAGACUUGCUUGUAUUCAUUCCUGACGUUUUCCCCUUCACAUCUUACAAUAAUCUGACAGUAACGGUAGCUAACUGUUAUGACAUUGAUUCACUUGGUCUGUUUUUUGUCUCGGAUCUUGUCCCGGAUCCGAGGAUUAACUCACAGUACUUGGGUUGACGGUAGAAUUUAAGGUGUGCUGGGAGACUUCUCACUGGUUUAGGGGAGUCUUCAAGUCAGAGGACUGGAUUUUGGUUAAAAUGUCUUCUGUCAGUAAAGGUCUUACACCCCGUCUGUUAUUACAAGCAAUAGCUGUGACCAAAUGGGUUGAGGAAAGUUAAUUUUGUUUUCAUUUUAAUUUUGAUUGGAUGCUUGAUGCACUUGCUUGGCCCCCUCUUGACCAUUGGAAGUGCCUCUCUGAAUACAUUCCAGGUAGCUAAGGCUUCUCUGCCUUUUAUAUUUGAUAAAUGGAGGACAAUUAAGUUUUUGUUUUAAGUCACUUGUUCCGUGUUUCCUUCACGAGUUUUUGGAAGAGGUGAACAGAUUUUGACACAAAGAAAGUAAAACAGUUGAAUGUAUUUUUUCAGCCAAUGUUUUUUUCACUACAGUAAUUUCUGUGAGUUUAUAUGAAAACCUGUCUCUCCCCCC